CCGAUUAGUAUCAGGCAACACUUCUAGAAAGAUCAAAAGAAAAGCGUCGACAAUGGCGCGCACGCUGGCCGAGGACGACGCUAUCCCCAACGGCUGGCGGACUCGCCAACCAGGCUGGACCAUCUGGCUGCUUAUAUCAAUCAUCCGAGUCUCACUAGUAUCUCUACUCCUUGGCAUUUACUACAUAAUACCCUCUUUCAGACAGAGUCCGACAUGGACAUAUCGCCAAGCAUUCACCACCCAUCUCACAAAGCUAGCCAUGACCAUCAUCCGCGAACUCGGCUACGCGCAGUCCCUGAGCCUGGAGUCAGGCAAGCUGGGCAACCGAUGGGUCCUCAUGAACCCAGCCCCGGAAGACUCGUAUCGCGGUGCUUUCACAAGCGACACUAUCAAACCUGAAACCAUCGGCGGGACAUGGUAUCCCUCUCCUCCACCUAAGACCUUGCCACCAAUCAUCGACAUCAAGAAUGAUGAUCAAGAGCAAGAGAUAGAUGACGAGAAGAGCCUCGUUAUCCUAUCAUUCCACGGCAGCGCAUUCCUCUGGCUAACUGGCAGGCCCGAUGACUCCGGCUUCACAGCCGACCUACUCAACGAGAAGCUGGGUACAGGUACCCGGUCGCUGUGGGUGCAGUACCGGCUAGCAGGUGGUAACAAUCCAACCCCAUACCCGGGGCCCAUGCAAGACGCCAUGACCUCAUAUCUCUACCUUGUUCGAGAACUGAACAUCUCGCCGUCCCGCAUCGUGCUCGUCGGCGACUCAUCCGGAGCUACCAUGGUCAUGGCUCUAUUGCGCCACCUCGCCUCAUUCCAGCAUGAGAGCGGCCAUGAGCUUGCAGAGCUGCCACCACCUCGGGCGUGCCUUCUGUUCUCACCCUCGGUUGAGUACAGCUUCGAGGGUGACUCGCAUGCUGUCAACGCCCACCGGAAUCAGCGGACUGAUUACUGUGUUGGGGAGAUGGCUGCGUGGGGUGCGCGUGCGUUUGCUCCGCCGGAGUCAGUGCGUCUAGAUGAUCCGUACUUGUCGCCGGCGCUGCAUCCCUUUGCGACACCUGUUCCGAUCUUCGCGCAGGUUGGAGGUGCGGAAAUGCUGUGUGAUAGUGUGAGGGGAUUUGCGGAUGCGAUGCGGGCUGUCCCGGGCAAUAAUGUCGAAUACCUGGAACUGCCAGGCUUGCCGCAUGAUAUCUAUAUGAUGGGACAUAUUCUUGGGUGGCAAGAGGAGCAGGAGGAGAUGAUUGAGGCUGCUGCGCGGUUUGUUCGUGGUGUCUAGCUUUCCUCUCAUUUUCGAGUUUCGUUCUACACUUCUGUUUUCCAUUAUAUGAAGGUCUUACCUCUGAAGAUGAUCUUGAUACCCUGGUAUGUCUAGCUUUUGGUUCUGACUCGCAAUGGCAAUAUAUUGGUUCAAUCUCAUAUCACUUUCUAUUUUUCUUUCUAUUCUGUAACUUCAAUUACAUUAGUAUUAAAUAUUCAGUUUGUACGGCAUAGCACAUCGGUAAUGUGUAUUUGUU